GACGUGUCGCGUGUUUGUGGCGUCAUUACACGCUGAUUCUGAAACCUGAUUGGACCCACACAAAAAACUUUAAUUUUCUGAGCCACUUAUCCUCACAAGGGUCGCCGGAGCCUAUCCCAACUAUCUUCCGGGAGCAGCCACAGAAGUAGUGAAUACACGAGUGGCAAACAAAGACCUGGUGAAGAAUAUUUUCCAUCUCUAUCGACGACGUUUCUCUCCGCUCCCGGAGAAAAGUGUGAGCCGCCAUGUACAAUGGCAUCGGCCUGACCACUCCCCGGGGCAGCGGCACCAAUGGCUAUGUGCAGCGUAACCUGUCGACACUGCGGGCCAAGAGGCCCCGUGACGACCGCAGUGGUGAGCGCGAUGAGAAGGACCGGGAGCGGCUGGAGAGUCAACUCAACCGGCAGCCCAAUGCGGACAUCCUUGAACACCAGAGGAAGCGCCAGCUGGAGGUGGAGUGUGCUAAGUUUCAGGACAUGAUGGAGGAGCAGGGAUACUCGGUAGAGGAGAUUGAGGAGAAGGUGAACAGCUUCAGAAUGAUGCUGCAGGAAAAGCAGCAGCCCCCUCCUCCUGCCUCUGGUGACAAAGCCAGUGUGACAGAAACUCAUGCGCUGGCUGCGGCUAACCAGCAGAAGAACGACCGCCUGCGAGCAGCUUUCGGCAUCUCCACUGACUACGUGGAUGGCUCGUCUUUCCACGCCGACCGCAAGGAGAAGGAGAAAGAGAAACGGGAGCAGGAGCGCCUGGAGAGGGAAAGGCAGCAGCAGCAGAAAUACACGUUGGUGGAGGACUCAGACGAGUCAGAAUCCCCACCAAAGAAACGCAGUCGGAAGAAGAAAAAGAAAAAUAAGAAGAGAACUGGCUCAGAGAGUCCUUCACCGGCUCCUCGCCGAGGGAAAAAAUCAAAGAGGAGGAGGAAACGUGAGUCCACGGCGGAGGAAGAAGAAGAAAGUUCCUCAGAUGAGAAGCAGAAGAAGGCAUCAAAGAAGAAAAAGAAGCGAGCUGGUAAAAGUCCCGCAAAGACGAAGGCAGCACCAGAACGGAGCUCCUCGUCCAGUUCAUCCCAAAGUCAUUCGCCGGUACGGUCAAAUCACCGCAAGAGGCAGGAAGUUGACAACGGAUGCAGGUCGAGAUCACCAGACAGAAGACGAGGCCGCGACGAACAAAGUCCACGACGCCGAGCAGGUGACGAGAUAGAUAAAGGGAGGACAAUGCCCUCCCUUCCCAGGAGGAGACGUGACUCUUCCUCCCCAUCCUCUCCUCGGCGGAUGGACAAAAGGAAAGAGACGGAGAGAAGCAAAGAGAGACAUAGCGAAAGCCGACGUUCACGCAGCAAAGAUAGGGAUAAGAAAAAGCGAAACGAGAAGGACACCCGGAGGAGAUCAAGAAGUAAAGAAACAGAAAAACGGAGAGAUAGAAGAUCAAGAAGUCCAGAAAGUGGAAAAGACAAAGGAUGGGGAAGGCGUUCAGGGAGCAGCGAAAAGCGGGAAAAACCAAAGCUGUGUCCUCCCGAGAGGAUGAGACAUGACUCUUCUUCUCCUUCACCUCCUAAAGUUGAUGCCAGGAGUGGUCACAGCAGAAGAACACAACAUGGGGAAGAGAGGGACACCGGGAAACGGGACACACAGUCCAGACACGACUCUUCUCAUUCACCAUCCACAGUGGACUGCAGGAGUGGUCGCACCAGAGGAAUGCAACGAGAGGAGGAGAAGAACACUCCGAAGAGGGACACGCGAACCAGACAUGAUUCAUCUUCGCCUUCACCUCCCAAAGUGGACACCAGGACUGGUCGCUGCAGAGGAGAGGUAAAGAGGAAUACCAGGAACCAUGACACAAGAACCAGACAAGCGUCUUCUUCACCUUCCCCUCCAAAAGAGGACACAAGGAGUGGUCGUGGCAGAGGAGCGGAGCAAGAGGAAAAGAGGAAUGCUGCAAAGGAGAACACACGAACCAGACACGACUCCUCUUCGCCUUCUCCCAAAGCGGAUGCCAGGAGUGGUCACAGCAGAGGAGCGCAACGAGAGGAAGAGAGGAACGCUGGGAAGCGAGAAAGGCAGACCAAACAUGACUCCUUGUCCCCGUCUACUGAGAGGAAGAACAGAGGAGAGGCAAUGCAGACAUCCAGGAUUAAAGAACCUGAAAAUAGAGCUCCUCCGAGAUCCUCCGAUAGAGAUCCUCUCCCACCCUUAAAUGGACGCCAGGAAAAAAGCAGAGAUGGAAGCAGGAAGUCAGACGAGGUAACAGAAUUUCAACAAAAACCUGACAACAGAACCCAAAGUCCUCCAAAGAAACAGGCGCAGGAUGGAAAAGAAUGCAGCAGUGAUAGUGACUCCUCUUCAUCUUCAUCCCCAUCAUCUUCAUCUUCCUCAUCCUCAUCUUCAUCAUCCGAAGAGGACGACCAACCCAAGACCGUAGAAAACAGAGACUCUUCUUCUAUCAAAGUGGCUGUUCAGAGGUUUGUCACUAAUGGACGCACCGAGAGCUCACAACAAUCCAAAAGACCCCCUGAGCAGGCAGACGAUGAGCGCCCCCCCCACAGAGUCCCAUUGGAUCCUCCAGGCAAAAACCUCCAGGACCGCCGUAGUCCGCGAGAGAAACUGACCAGGAGGUCCCGCUCUCCGCCAACUCACCGUGUCACCCCACCAAAGCAGUACCAGGACCCUCUUCCCCGCUCGAGGAGAAGUAGUCCUCCUCCGGCCCGCCUCAGAGACCGUGAGAGGGAUCGAGACAGAGGAUGGGAACGGACUGCCAGACGCAGCAGGUCCAGGACUAGGAGCCCCAUAAUGCACAGUCCUCUGCUUAGGGGGCGCCCCCCUUCUUCGCCAUCCCACAGAAGACGGAGCAGUCGCUCGCCCAUCAGGAGACGAACAAGUUAUUCGCCAUUGCCGGGACGGAAGAGGCGAACCAGUGGGUCUCCUUCGCAAUCAGUACGGAGGAGGACCAGUCAUUCUCCAAUAAGGAGGCGCACUAGUCGUUCACCAGUUAGGCUGCAAAACAGUCGCUCUCCAAUAGGAAGGCAGAGCAGUCGUUCACCAAUUAAGAAGCGGACCAGUCGCUCGCCAAUGGGAAAGCGGACCAGUCGCUCGCCAGCGGGAAAGCGAACCAGUCGCUCGCCAACGAGGAGGCGAACCAGUCGCUCGCCAACGAGGAGGCGGCCCAGCCGCUCGCCAGUGAGGAGGCGGCCCAGCCGCUCGCCAGUGAGGAGGCGGCCCAGCCGCUCGCCAGUGAGGAGGCGGCCCAGCCGCUCGCCAGUGAGGAGGCGGCCCAGCCGCUCGCCAGUGAGGAGGCGGCCCAGCCGCUCGCCAGUGGGGAGGCGGACCAGCCGCUCGCCAGUGGGGAGGCGGACCAGCCGCUCGCCAGUGGGGAGGCGGACCAGCCGCUCGCCCGUGGGGAGGCGGACCAGCCGCUCGCCCGUGAGGAGGCGGACCAGCCGCUCGCCCGUGAGGAGGCGGACCAGCCGCUCGCCCGUGGGGAGGCGGACCAGCCGCUCGCCCGUGGGGAGGCGGACCAGCCGCUCGCCCGUGGGGAGGCGGAUCAGCCGCUCGCCCGUGGGGAGGCGGACCAGCCGCUCGCCCGUGGGGAGGCGGACCAGCCGCUCGCCCGUGAGGAGGCGGACCAGCCGCUCGCCCGUGGGGAGGCGGACCAGCCGCUCGCCCGUGGGGAGGCGGACCAGCCGCUCGCCCGUGGGGAGGCGGACCAGCCGCUCGCCCGUGGGGAGGCGGACCAGCCGCUCGCCAGUGGGGAGGCGGACCAGCCGCUCGCCAGUGGGGAGGCGGACCAGCCGCUCGCCAGUGGGGAGGCGGACCAGCCGCUCGCCAGUGGGGAGGCCGACCAGGCGCUCGCCAACGGGAAGACGAACCAGUCUCUCACCAAUAACGAAGCGGAGCAGUCGUUCGCCAAUGGGGAAACGGACCAAUCGCUCACCAUCGCCCUCAGUGAGGAGGCGGCCAAGUCGCUCGCCAUUGCCUCCAAAAAGAAGCGAGGCUAUCAGUCGCUCUCCUUUAGCUCCAGUGAGGAAGUUGACAAGUGGCUCGCCAAGGGGGACCGGUCAAUCUGUGUCCUCAGAAGGUGUCAGGAAGCAAGAUAGCGAAGCAGACAAGCCUCGAGGUAGGCAGGAGCAGCAAACACCGCUGGGGAAAGACGCUCGGCAGCCCAGCAGAUCUUCAUCCUCGUCUUCAUCUUCCUCCUCCUCCUCAGACUCCUCGUCAUCGUCCUCUUCCUCGUCAUCUUCACCGUCGCCAAACAGAAAAGAUGUGAACCCUUUGAAGGAGGAGAAGAAAAACCAGCAGGAAGAUGAGAAACGAGAGUAUAUGACUUUGAAAAGCGGGUGCGAAACAUCGUCUCAUGUGGUGAUGCAAGGCUCUGGCGACCAAUCGGACCACAGCGAGUUGUCAAGAGCCGUGACCAGGAAGUCAUCACCACCUGGGGCCAGUCUUCCAGCAAACCUGGAAGUGGUCUCUGAGCGUGGUGCCAAUGGGAAGGAAUUGAACAAGAAAGGAAACAGGAGUAGCAGCUCCUCCUCUUCUUCAUCUUCAUCCUCUUCUUCCUCCUCCUCCUCCUCCUCCUCAUCCUCCUCCUCUUCAGACAGCUCCGACUCAGAGGCACAGCCAGAAAAAGGGAAAGCUAAAGCUAGGAGUUCCAGAUCGUCAUCAUCAUCUAGCACUGAAAAAGACAAGGACAAGAGCCGUGCUCACCCUGGUCGGCUUCCAGCAGACUCACUGCGAGAUUCUCGCUCUUUGAGCUAUUCUCCUCCUCGACACAUGCGACGAGCGCCCACCUCGCCGGGACGCAAGUCAGGAGGUCGGACCCGCUGAUCACCUCUGCUGACCCAGAAUGUGAACGUUGACCUUGAACAAGCUCCCCCUUCCUGACAGCAGGAAGUUAAACAACCGGAACAGGAAAUGAAGGCACAAGUGCUGCACAACAAUUCCUGUUAUCGUGACAGCCCUUAAAAGUAUGGAUGCGUCAUGUGACUUCUGGUGUCCUCGUCAUGUCCUUUCACUUGACGUCUUUAGUUUCGUUGUGGUUCUUUGAUGAUAAAGUUAAUUGUACAUUUUAUUGCUGUCCACUUGGUUGCCAUCGCCAUCUUUUGGUUAUUCCUUUUUAAGGAUUUGAAAAUCCCCCUUUUGUGGCUCUAAUGGAUGUUGAUGUGAAAUGUGCUUAUCAAUGCAAGGAUGAAAAUUAAAUGUAUAGUCUUUUUUUUCCUCCCCUAAUUUUUAAUAAAAACGGAAUUGUUGGUCAAUCGUUGAGCCAAAUUUGACAGUUAUGAGAAAAACCGGCGACGCUUUCAUUUCCCCAAAAUUGACCUCAUAGGUUGUUCACUUAACAUCAGAUAAAUGACAACAUGGGAAAAGUAUAUAGAUACCAAGUAAAUAAAGCCCCUUUAAUUCUAGGACUGUCGGCUGGUGAUGUGGUCUAAAAUGUAAAAGGAGUAAAUAAAAUGUUUUAAACUUUUU